AUGUCCUCUUUUCGCGCGCUUGACUUAGUCAAGCCUCUAAAGCCUUUCCUACCCGAGGUUAUCGCUCCAGAGAGGAAAGUCCCUUUCAACCAGCGUCUUAUGUGGACUGGCGUCACAUUACUCAUCUUUCUUGUGAUGUCCGAGAUUCCUUUGUAUGGUAUCACUUCGUCCGAUUCGUCCGAUCCUCUUAUUUGGCUUAGAAUGAUGCUUGCAUCUAAUAGGGGUACUCUAAUGGAAUUAGGUAUCUCGCCCAUUGUUACUGCAGGUAUGGUGUUUCAAUUGUUACAAGGUACACAGCUUCUAACAGUUGACAUGGAGAACAAGGAGGAUAGAGAACUUUACCAAGCCGCUCAGAAGUUGCUAGCUAUGAUUCUUUCCUUUGGCCAAGCCACUGUCUACGUUCUAACCGGAAUGUAUGGACGUCCUAGUGACUUGGGUACCGGUGUCUGUUUAUUGUUAGUGCUUCAAUUGGUUUGUGCUGCCAUCAUUGUUAUCUUGAUGGACGAAUUGCUUCAGAAGGGUUACGGUCUAGGCUCUGGUAUCUCUUUAUUUAUGUCUACCAAUAUCUGUGAGUCCAUGUUCUGGAAGUGUUUUGCUCCAACAACUGUCAACAGAGGUAGAGGUUCCGAGUUUGAAGGUGCCAUUUUGGCCUUUGUCCACCUUCUUAUUACCAGGAAGGACAAACGUGCCGCUCUCAUGGAGUCUUUCUAUAGAGAAAAUGCUCCAAACAUGUCUCAAGUGUUUGCUACACUUGUCGUCUUUUGCUUUGUCAUUUACUUGCAGUCCUUGAAAAUUGAACUUCCAAUCAAGUCCACUAGACAGCGUGGUCCUUACGGAUUGUAUCCAAUUAGAUUGUUCUACACAUCCAACAUGCCUAUCAUGCUUCAGAGUGCUUUGAGCUCCAACCUUUUCAUCAUCUCGCAGAUUCUCUUCUCUAGAUUUCCUGGUAACUUCCUUGUCAGAUUGCUUGGCGUCUGGGCUCCAAAAGAGGGUGCCCAAAGAUUGGCGGCCGUUUCUGGUCUCUCUUACUACAUGCAGCCACCAUCAACUUUCACUGAGGCUCUUCUUGACCCAAUAAGAACUGUCAUUUACGUUUCCUUUGUGUUAAGUGCUUGCGCUUUCUUCUCCAAGACCUGGAUCGAGGUCUCUGGAACAUCCCCUAGAGAUGUCGCAAGACAGUUCAAAGAACAAAGCCUUAUUAUUGCUGGACACAGGGAAACUUCAGUCUACAAGGAAUUGAAGAAAGUCAUUCCAACUGCCGCAGCCUUUGGUGGUGCCACUAUCGGUGCAUUAACCGUCCUCAGUGACAUGUGCGGAUGCUUGGGAUCUGGCUCCUCCAUAUUAAUGGCAGUCACCACGAUAUAUGGCUACCACGAGUUGGCAGCCAAGGAGGGUGGAUUUGGUAAGACCAUUGGUGCAGGAUUUGCUGAGUUGACCAGCUAA